UUUCGGCUAUUAUGUUGGAUAGUCGAAGAAACUGGAGCCCACUUGAGUAGCGAAACUUACCUUAUGAUGACAAUUUUAUUAUGACUUCAAAUAUUUAGACCCAUCUUUUAUAGUUUAAUAUAAAAAAAAAACUUUAAAUUUAUCCAAAGUUUAGAAUGCGUUUUAGUUAUAUAUAUGAAUAAAUUUAAUUUAUAAUCUUUCGCAAUGACACUGAAAUUAAAAUCCUUCUUUUCAUUGAAUUGGCUGUUAUUACUUUAGUACCGAAAUAAGUUACAGUGUAGGGAGCAACGAUAACUGCUGUAAUCACGAUAAAUCAGUUGCUACUACUGGUGUAGUAGCCCUGUUUUUAGCCAGCCAUGUUUCUGCGAAUACUGUGUCCAAUUAUGAAAUCCCAAAGUGAACUGGCCAUUGUGCUCACUUGGUUGGCAGUUCUUGGCACGGCUCAAGAUGAUGCCGAUUACUGCGCCGAGCUAUCCACGCAGUCGCUGGCCAAAAUUCUGGGACAGGCAUUCAAUCCGCGCUACAUGAGCAUCGAUCCGCCGGGCGAGCCAGAGGAGAAGAGCUAUCAUCUGGGCUACAAGCGUUCGUCGUACGAGCUGCCAUUCUAUGCGGACAGUGACGCGAUUUCAGUUAGCCACUUUCCCGCCUGGGAGACCAACCACUUUGCGCUGGUGGAGAAGAAGGAGCCACCGAGGAGCAAGAGCCUGCGCACGAGGAGCGCGUUCAUGGAUCGUGUGGGACAUCCGAGAAUCGAUGGGUUCAAGCAGCGGCCGUGGGAGUGCUCCUCGAAGAUCAACUGGAUUGACUUAGGCUUAAAUUACUUUCCACGCUAUAUCCGUUCGAUCGAGUGUAUUGCCAGAAAAUGUUGGUAUGAUCACUUUAAUUGCAAGCCAAAAUCAUUUACAAUAAAAGUACUGCGCCGUAAAACUGGCUCAUGCAUUCGAAUAAACGAUAAAUUGAUUUUGAUCACCGCAGAGAAGUUUGAGAAUGAUUAUACGCAGCUCUGGAUUUGGGAAGAAAUAGCGGUUAACUUUUGCUGUGAAUGUGUUAUGCUAUACUAGUAGCGCCAUUUAAUCAAGAUUUAAUUAAUAUACACGUUUAAAAUGUCAACAAAA